AUGCCUGUUUUCAAUAUUUUUUCGAGUCAUUCCUCAGGCAUAAGUCAACCAAUAAAUGUCAUCAUUGAUACUAAUGUAAAAGAAAAAAUAAUAAAAAAUCGCCAAAUACUUCGUCCUAUUGUUGAUGCUAUAAUUUUUUGCGAUCAAACCAAUAAACCUUUGAGAGGCCACAGAGAUGAUUCACAAUAUCUUCCAGAGGCUGAAGAGUAUUCGAAAUGUGGAACUGAUGAAGCCUGUGACUCGUCUACUAAAGAGCAAAUGUCAUUAGUUUUACGAUUUGUUGAUAGUGAUUUCAAUAUCAGAGAAGACUUUAUUCAAUUUAUUCAUUGUAGUGAAGGAGGUAAAGGAAAAGAUUUGUUUAAUGUUCUUUUAAAUUGUGUAAGCAACUUAAAUCUAGAUAUAAAAAACGGUAGGGGUCAGGGAUAUGAUGGAGCCAGUUCUGUCUCUGGGUAUAUAAAUGGUCUUUCUGCUCAGGUUCUCAAUAUAAAUUCAAAGGCUUUGUAUACACAUUGUCAUAGCCAUGAACUGAACUUAUCAGUUUGUGAAUUGUGUAAUGUCCAAUUAGUUUCAGAGGUUUUUAAUAAAGUUCGCGAACUUUCUUAUUUUUCUACUUAUUCAGAAAAUAGACAAAAGUUUUUAGAAGCUAGCAUUUUAGAGCGAGAACCUCAAACGCAUAAAAAAAAAUUAAAAGAUAUCUGUAGAGAUAGAUGGAUUGAGCGUAUAGACACUUUUCUUGAGCAUUAUUUAUCUAUUUUCCAUGCUUUAUGUAUCAUGGCUUCCCCUGAGAGUUCUGUUAACAAAGAUACACAAAACAAAUCUUCUACUUUUUUAAAUUCCAUUGGCACUUUUCAAUUCGUCUUUACUUUAGUUGUGACAACACGUGUCUUUGAUUUUACUUUACCUGUUACUCGAAACGAUAUAGAUAGUUUUCAUAAUAACUGCUAUGAAGCAGCAUGUUUGCUUUCAAGUAAAGCUGAAAUUUUUGUUUUAAAACCAAGGACCUGUUCUAUUCAAAAAAAUCGUUCUAAUGUUCCAUCAGAGUUUGUUUCAGAUUACUUCAAAAGAGUUGUUACUAUCCCUCUUAUAGAUCAUGUAUCUACAUCUAUAUCUACAAGAUUUAAAUCAGAAACUGUAGCUGCAUAUAAAGGGUUAUCAAUUAUUCCAUUUAAUAUUAUUUCUUUUCUUAAAAGAUCCAAAACCCAAUUGUGUUGGAGGAAGCAGUUUGAAGCAUUCUGUGAUUUUUAUAUAGAUGAUUUCCCUAAUAUCAGUGCCUUGAAUGGGGAACUAGUUCUUUGGGAAAAAUACUGGGAAACUUUCUUUGGGACUAUUCCUUAUAAUAUAUCUUUAACUCUUAAAUCGAUAUCAUUUCCUGGAUUUGAAAAUAUCAAGAUAGCUUUAAGGAUACUUGGGACACUUUCUGUUAUCUCAUGUGAGUGUGAGAGGAGUUUUUCUGUUAUGCGUCGGUUAAAAGACUAUAUGAGAACAACAAUGUCAGAAGAUCGACUUAACGGUUUGGCAUUAAUGUAUAUCCAUCAAGAAAUUGUUCCUUGUAUUGAUAAUGUUAUCAAUAGAUUUUCUAUAAAAAAUAGACGACUUGAUUUCAAUGAUUAG